GUACGCAAAAGUGAAAGUAAAAUGAAGCUGUUGUUGAAGGGGAAAAGCAACGAUCGCACCUCCAUUUGGUUGGUUACACAGCAGCAGCAGCAGAGAGGCUGAGAGCGAAGAGGAGACGCAACAAUGACGAACUUCUCUACAAUCUACAAACUGUCCCUGGUUGCAGCGAUCUGCUUCAUCGAAGCCUGCACCAGCAGAUGUCCAGUGUUGGAGUGCUGGUUUGUGCAGGAGAAAGUGGGUCGAGGAGGUUUAACUGGAUCUACAAACCAGGAUAAAUCCCUGUUUUACAUCAGAACCGACGCACACAGCCACACUGCAGAGACCCAGCAGGCUCCAUCCGACAUCAAGCCCGACAGAAUCUUCCAUAUUACCGACCCAGCCGCCACUCUCUGCCACCACUCUCUGAACCCUCCGAGAGGCUCUGUCCAGAAGCCCCAGUGUGAGAUCAACCCCUUCCUGCCGCAGCCCUCCAGCCUCAAAUGGGUUUCUCCGCUCACAGACUCCGCCCUGAGCCCCAUACACCUGCAAGCUGAUUGGUUUUCAACUUCCAUUCAGGGCCUCAACGAUCAGCUGGCCCUUUCCACCGUCACGCGUGCUCCCACAGCAGCCAAAGAGCACAAUGUGAUCCUGAGCGUGACCACUAAAACCGUCUCAGUGCAGUCCAGACUCGGGGAACCAGUGCUCCUGGAUUGCGGCUUCUGGGCCGAUCCCUCCUCGCCUCUAUCCGGGUUGGGUUUUGCCGUAGAGUGGCGCUACCAGUUCAGAGGCGACGGACGAGUGGUUCUGGCCUACGACGGCAAAACGGACCGUUUGUCUGAUAUACGAGAGGAAGGGGCCACGCUGGACUUCAAGGGUUUGCACGAGAAAGGCAACGCGUCCCUGAUCCUGCAGGAGGCUAAAGUGCGUCACUCCGGGAUGUACAUUUGUACGGUGUAUCUGCCGUACCUUGUUGCUCAGGUGGCGAUGGAGCUUGAGAUUGUAGAACCUCCAUCCCUCUCCAUCCACCCGUCCCCUCUGCCCCUCACCGUUCCCGGCAAGACUCUGACCGUCCAGUGUGAGGCGUCCGGCUUUGCCCCCCUCUCCCUGGAACUGAGCUGGGAGUAUAAAGGCGCCGAUGGGAAGUCCAGGGCUCUGGGAUCAGACAGUGUAACGGGCCACAGGCAGGCUUGGGAUGGAACCUACAGCCAGAGCAGCCGGCUGGAGCUUGACACAACUAAGCUGGACCUGGGCAGCGGAGGGGAGGUCACGUGUGUGGCAGUCCAUCCUGGGGGCACACGGCGGGCCAGCGUGACCCUCAACGUCAUUGGGUUCAGUACUCCCUCCAUUGAGGACUCAAUGGCAAUGGUCGGUGUCGCGCUAGUGCUCUACGGUCUCAUCAAGUUUGUCUCUUGGACCGUCACCAGCUCAGGCUCAGAUGAGGCUGGUCAACAAGACAAGAAAGACAAAUAAAGAAGAAUGAAGUCAACUGCUGUGGGAGUGUGAUACUGAACCAACAGACCUGUCUGACCUGUUUUGAUAUCUUGGUUGUUGUUUCAGGAGUGAUUAUCCUCCUGUUCAAACAGACAGUUCUGUCUUUUAUUUUAAAGAUAGCACAAUGGUGAAUCUCUUUAAACUUUUAGACAUUUUAGAGAUGGUUUCUUUUUCCCGCAGAUCAUGUUCUGCUGGGGUAUCAGUGAGGGUUUUCUGAAAAGGGCUUCUGCUCAGUCUAAACAUGUUUGUUGUGAUAUUUCUUUCACUUUAAAGCGGCAUAGCUUCUAUGAAUAGCAUUGGCUUCCCACCGUAUCUUGUCAUGAACACUGGAAAAGGGCCAGAAAUUUAGGGGAAUUUUGAAAUGGUAAUGUUUUGAAAUAUCAGCUUCAAUUUGGAGAUGUCACUUCUUCCAUAUGAUGCUCCUCUAUGUUUAUAAGCCAAAAAACUAUCUUGUGUGUGUGUGUGUUUAAAAAACUAAUUCCUGUUUUUUUUAAAUACAUAAAAUAUAAUGUAUGUAUUUUCUACCAUUUUUGUUACGUGUGCUUGUGCGUCAUGAUAUUACUUUUGUUAUGUUAUUAUUGGUAAGAAUGAUGCUCUAGCAGCCUAGGCUAAUGCACUAUUAAACUUAUAUAGAAAUGUGAAGGAAAAGGUACAAACAGAGCGCGUAGUUCUACCGCAGGGGAAUUCUUAAUUUGUGUCAGAAUUUAAAAUUCAUAAAUAAAGUCUUCAUUUCUUAAAACA